AUGGCUUCAAACUGCACAUCAUCAAAUUUUUCGAGUAAUAACACCGAAACAACAUCAAAAAGUAAAGAUGAUCUUUUAAGUGAAAUUUUAACAUGUGGUAUUUGUCUAUCUCGUAUGACAUCACCUUGUUGUCUUCCAUGUGCACAUUCAUUUUGUCGUUCAUGUUUACUUGAUUAUGCUCAAAACAAUAAUAUGAAUACAUCAACACCAAUAAAUUAUAUUCUUUGUCCAUAUUGUAAAUUUCAAUUAAAUUUUCGUUCAUUUGAACAUUUUGAAUCUAUGUUAAUUAUUAAUCCAACACUUAAACAAUUAUGUGAAGCACUCGAUGCAUCCGUUUUAAAUUCUGAUCAACCACAAUAUCAAACAAGUGGUAUUUAUCGUGCCCGAUGUCAUACAUGUUGUUUACUUAAAAUGCUUAAAGUUUGUAAACAUUGUUUUUUUAUGCUUUGUGAAACAUGUCGACGAACACAUUUACUUGAUGUUCAUCGUGAAAGUAAAAUACAAUUAGAUAUACUUGAUUCACAUUUACGUUUAAUUAAUGAAAAACGUCUUCAAAUGGAUAAAAUAUCACAAAAAUAUGAUGAUAUGAGACAACAUAUUAGAAACUAUGUUGAAAGAUUAAUACGUGAAAUAGAACAACAACGUGAUCAUGCUUUAGAUAUAAUUAAUGAUCGACAACAAUCAAACGAUGAAGCUUUUUGGACAGGAAAUGGUUUUGAUAAUGGUGAAAAAUUAGAUUUUUUUAUAUCAUUACUUGAAACUGGUCAAAAAAAAUUAUCAGCAAAAAAUAUUACAGAUAAAGAACUUAUGGAAUUAUCUGAUAAUCUACAAACAAUACCUGAUGUUCAUGAAGAAACAAUUGAAUCAAUUCAUUUUUCACAAUUAUCUUUAGAACUUGAUGAAAAAUUUCCAAUGAAACAAUUUAUUCAUAUUUAUGAUAAUGACAUACCAACAACGACAACAAAUAAUUUUGAGAAAUCAACAAAUGAUAAUGAACAGACAGAAUGUAUUAAGACAUAA